AUGAAACUUGAGCAAGAUUGUUUACAUGAUUACAACUACGUGAAAAUCUGUGGCAUUGCUGAAAAUGACAACAAAGACGUGCUACAGCUGGCUGACGCGUUCAAGCAACUGCUGGACCAGGCAGUACCUUAUCUCAGGAGGUUAGACUUUUCCACAGCUAAUGCAACCAAUGGAUUGAUCACAGAUACGGAGUACAGAAAAAUGCCCCCCCUGUUCACGAUGGACGAGUACCAGGACUGCAUGUCGGAGCCAGGAGGGACAUACUGCAUUGUGGACCUGGAGCUGUUCUCUGACCAGGAGUCUGAGCUCAUGAAGAUGAUCCAUGGUUAUUCAGAAGUAACAAAUAAACACUACAAUCACACACAAUUGCACAAAGCCGUAUGCCUCACACACACAUGUAAAUCAUACAUCGGUCACCGAGACAUCAAAAAUGAGGAUGACGUGUCGGCCAUCUUGGAAACCUGCCUCAACACCACAAUAUGGAAGGAUUAUAAGUUACAAGCGAGAGUGCAUACUAUAAAAGAGUGUCAAAGGGAAGCAGACACGGUCACUUACGAUGUUAGUGACUAUACCGUGGUUGGGGUGCUUUUGGUAUUAAUUAUGCUGAAUUCAUUGGGGACUUUCUAUGAUGUCUUUAAGAAACCGGAUACCAAAGGUAAUCCAUACUUAAUGUCGUUUUCCCUACUGCGAAAUUGGGGAAAGCUGGUGGCACCGAGCGGCGUCGGGCCAGAGCCAAGGCUUCGGCGCUUCAAGUUAUUCAACGGACUUAGAACAAUGACCGUAGCGUGCGUGCUCUUCAGUCACGUCACCUUCAUGAUGAACUAUACGUUUGUCAAGAAUACACUCUAUAUAGAAAGGGCAGGAGACGAUCCGUCGAAGCAGAUCCUGUACAACGGCAAUCUAGUGGUGUCCACGUUCUUCGUAAUGUCCGGCUUCUUACUGGCGUUCAACUUCGAACUUCACGCUGAGAAGCAUCGCGUCAGCUGGUUGGAGUUACCCAGAGGAAUGGUCUUACGAUGGCUGAGGUUGACUCCAGCGUAUGCUCUCAUCCUGGGUCUGGUCGCGACCGUGAUGAGGCGCCUGGGAACAGGUCCUCUGUGGAACCAGGUGGUGACCAUAGAGAGCGACGCCUGCCGGCAGUACUGGUGGACUCAUCUGCUGUACAUCAAUAACUACAUCUAUGAUAACAACCAAUGUAUGCCGCAGACCUGGUACUUGGCAGCUGACACGCAGCUCUUCGCUAUAGGGCUGGUCUUCUGCAUAGUUGCGCGGACGCAGCGUGCCCGCAAGAUCAUACUGGGCGUAAUGAUGGUUGUGUCUCUGCUGACCCCUGCUCUGCAUACGUACUUUGAGGAUCUGGACGCCAUCGUCUUGCAAGCGCCAGAGAAUGAGAAACAAAUGAACGUGAAAAGUAUAUACAAGACCGACAACGUAUUCAGACAUGUGUAUAUCUCAGCACACACAAAUCUCGCCUCAUACACGCUGGGCAUGGGAGGAGGCCUGCUGGCGUUCCACUGGCUCACCGAGGGAAAGGACUUUGAACACUUUAAAAAAUACCGCUACUUUCUAUGGCUCAUAUUCCCCAUCGAUACGCUGGUGAUCCUCUCCGGGGCCCUUUUCUACGGCGACGCCCGCGCACCUCUCGCGCUGCGUGUGAUCUACGCCGCUCUGUACAAACCCGUGUUCCAACUGCUGGUCGUCUCCUUAAUGAUCUUUAUAAUAUUUAAGUCAGAAAAGGUGUACCGUGGCAUAGUGGAGUGGCGUGGCUUCACGUGGACAGGGCGGGUGUCGUACGGCGCGUUUUUAGUGCACACUCUGUUCCUGCGCGCGUUCGCUGGCUCCUUCGUGCAACCAGUGCAUCUCACUGACUACUUUGUGAUGGUGAUUCUCUCCGCUUCCAUCUUCUUAUCUUUCACUGCGGCGGCCAUCUUGUGGCUUUGCGUAGAGGCGCCGGCCAAGGAAUUGAUCUCUGCAGCAAUGAAACCUAGACCUCGCGUCCAGGAUACUAAGAUAUAGUUUAUUUAGAAAAUUAUGUAAAUUAUAUGGUUUAAUACGUUU